CAACUUCGGAAAGGAAUAUUGAGAGCAAAAACAAACGGAGAGAGAGCUUUCGCGCACGGUCAUCCGGAUUCAUUUCGUAACCGCCGCGAUAUAUUUGAACUUAUCACGAAACGUGACUGUUUUCCGCACCACAGUCGCAUGGCAAAACUGAACGGAAUCGGUCGUUUCCCUUGAGUCGUCUCAAAGUGUUGAUAUACUUCUUAUUUUAAGAACUGUGCAAACGAAUGCAACAAUUGAGUGAUAGUGUUUAAUAAAGAUAAACUUCAAGAUGCUAUAUGUGACUGUUUUAGUAGUCUCCGGAUUGUUGGCUUCUGCCCUCUCCAAGCAGUGUCCAAACUCGGACGACGUUUGCGUUCCGGUUCGAUAUUGUCCCCCGAUUGAUUCGGCCAUCCGGAAGCUUUUGAUUAAGCCGAACCGGACAUUGGCGAAUCAAAUUUAUAAACGAGCAUGCCAUUCGGUUGACGAGGAAGAGCCCAGGGUUUGUUGCAACAUUGCCGAUCUACCGGUUGACAAAACUUGUCAGACGAGGGCCGGCUACGAUGGACAAGGACGUUGUGUAGCCCCCGAAAAGUGUCCAACUAUUGCCGAUGGUUUGAUAAGUCUCCGACAAAGUGCCAAUUUGAGGGCCGAGAUGGAACGGGCACUAUGCUAUCGGAACGAGACCCAUUCGUACUAUUGCUGUCCGGAAAAGGUCCUGGCCAAUAAGGUCAAACCGCGGGACCGUCCUACAUCGAAAGUUUCCAAACGCAGCUUCCGAGCCGUCGAAAAUGAAUUCCGCAGCUGCAGGGAUCCGGCCGGGAAAUCGGGCGUCUGCGUCCCUGCUCGACAGUGCUACCGGAUCUACAAGAUGAUUUCCAGCGGCGCGGUUUACAAAAACAAACAGAUCGAGGUAUUCGUCAAGAAAAGUCGCUGCACGUCCGAUAGCACCAAUGGCCAUUCGGUUUGCUGUGCACAGUUUGAUAGUGGCGAUAACGGUGCCUCGACCAAUCUCAUUCGUCACCCAGCGGCAAAGAAGCUGGGACUAGCCGCUUGUGGUCGAUACCGGUUGAAAGAUAAGAUUCUGGGCGGUCGAGAAGCCGGAUUGGGUCACUACCCGUGGAUGGCUAACCUGCUGUAUUUGCGCUCAAGCAAGCUAAAGCCACUUUGUGCCGGCUCGUUGAUUCAUCCGAAGUACGUUUUGACCGCUGCCCACUGCUUGAAGGGAUCAGACGGCCCUCACCGGGUGCGACUAGGAGAGUACAACUUAAAUAGCAAUCCGGAUUGUGACAACGAGGGACGCUGUCUGAAGCCCUACAAAGAGUACAAAAUCGCUAAGCAGAUACCACAUGAAAACUUUAACAAAAAAACUGCAGACUACGACAUCGGUUUGGUACUUUUGGAAGGAAGCGCGGACAUCUCCAUGGAGCAAAUCUAUCCAAUCUGCUUGCCCUUGACGGAAGACUUGCAGACCCUCAAGCCAAAAAAGCUGACAGUAACCGGCUGGGGGUUCACUGAACAUUCUGCGACCUCUUCGGUGCUGCUAGAGGCCAAUUUGAGAAACGUAGAUCGCACUUACCUCUGCCAGGGUGAAUCGACGUUCUGUUCCCGAGGUUGGGACGGAGAAAGUCACUGUCCAGGUGAUUCCGGAGGCCCUUACCAAGCGCCAGUUCCGGUUGAUGACCACCUGCGGUAUGUGGUGUUCGGAGUUAUCUCCGGUGGCUCAGGAACCUGCACAAAGAAUGACACCCGACCGGCUUCCGGUGUUUUGGUGGGAUAUCACCUAAGCUGGAUAUUGGACAACAUGACGGCGAACAACCAACGGAACUGCACCAGGUCGAUCUGCCCUGGGUCCCGACGGAAACCUGCGACCGGAUGGUGUCCUUUCCGAAAACCAGGAGACUGCGCCACGGCAUCCUGCCCUCGCAGCUGUGCGCCGGGGGCACCGAAAUCGGCAAAGACACCUGCGAGGGCGAUUCCGGCGGUCCACUGCAGGUCCUUUCGCGGGAUCCGGUCUGCCGGUACGACAUCGUCGGCAUCACCUCGAUCGGAGGCGUUUGUGGCACUUCGCGGAAACCGGGCAUCUACACCCGGGUCUCGUACUAUAUCGGGUGGAUCGAAUCCGUCGUUUGGCGGAGGCAAAAAUAAAUCGAACUAUAAGCUGAAAACCGAAGAUGGGUCGGUCUUCACCAUAUUUUUACCACCGAAUACCACUGCGGCAAUACAGCCAAUAGACCAGAUCAUAAUUCGAAUGAUUAAGUCACGAGAAAGGUGGAACGGAAUUGCAGCGAAACUUGCUAAGACGGAAGAGAUCGACGAAGAAGAUGCUGAAUACGCGACGUUAAAUGAUGACGAAAUCGUUUCAAGUAUCCUGCAUCCUAAUCAUCCAGACGAGGAUAACAAUGUGGAGGGUUCGCAGUCAAUAAUAGACGAUACACUGCCUGUUCAUCGUCCAACAACCUGCGCUUACAUGCCACAGUAUACCAAGAAGACUUUCAAGCAUGGAGGAGGAAAUACUAUCGUGUUGGGGUGCUUCUCCCGGUUUGGAUUUGGCCCCCUGUAUUGGGUGGAUAAGAUCAUGGAUUAG